AUGGGGGUGAUCGUUGCGUUCGGUGUUGCCGAGGAAGGGGCGCCUUCCUACGAGCAGUUUUCCCAUCUUGUCGUGCCGACCUCCCAGAAGUCAUGGAGGAAUCGGUGGGUGCUUUUAUCUGGUGAUUGGGAAUCAUCAUCGGGACAGUCUGUCCGCUUACACAUCCCCACCUCCUUCCAAAUAGCCGAUAGGUCGACAUGCCGAUCGGUAGGGAAGCUGAAGCAACCGAGGCCAACUCAGUCAGAGAUUCAGCAGAUUGACAGAGUGAGGCUGAAGGCCCCUGCCGCUGAGAGGGUGUAUCCGAAGUUUCUCUUUACCGAGAAUCUCAUCAAAGCCCACCUUGUCAACCCUGUCGAUAUGAUAGACGCCAGAAAAGCCGCCGAAGCCAAGAGGAUGAAUGAGUCCCCCAAGAGGCGCCUUAUGAUGGGCCUGCAAGGGAAAAAGGCGAAACGGCAGGCAGAGACGGUACUGAUCCCAUCGGCAGGGGUUGAUCCUAAGAAUCAAACCCUCGCCAAUCGGCUGCGGCAACUCAAUGCCGAGCCCGUGCCCAGCAAGGCCGCCGAGGUUGUUGAGACGUCGGGGCGGGGACAGGCCUUUGAAGCCGGGGCCUCUAAAGCGGCGGGGAAGAGGCCCUUCAUGGUGGAUCUGGAUGCUGAGCCUGUGCCAAAGCGUGCGUGGCAAACGGAGCCGCCAAGGGCUAUCUUUGCUGCCCAGGAUGACUACAGUCCUGCCGAGCCGAUCAGCAUCACUUGUCGACGAAGGUCCAGUUUGAGAACCACAUGA